ACCUCAUUCUCGAAUCUGCUCCUAGGAACUGGUGCUGCUGCUGGAAAGAGUUGAUUGAAGUUCACGUUUCACAGGGCUCAAAAGUUUCAGGAAAAUUUUCACCUUUAGCAGACUAGACAACAAGGAUAGGCUUUCUCCUCCUGUCUUAUCAGAGCAGACGAAUCUCUCCCCGGGACGGAAGACGAGCGGAGGCGUCCUGAUUUUUAUUGUGUCGAUUAGUUCAAGUUUACGGUGAUUAAUUGAAGACCAUAAUCAUAAUGGCAGCGAAAGGCAAAAAGGGGAAAGCUAACUUGGUAACCACGGUCCAGGAACUUCCGGUUUCAAGGUCCCCUUCCGGUGAAAGCUCUUCCAGCAGUUGGGAUAAGUCGCCACCAAUUAUGAACUCAAUCAGGUUGAAGCCACGGAAGCAACUGUUGGGUCGUUCCGAGCUCGGCGGACUAAGUUCCCGAUCAUCCUCUUCCUGUUCCGGUCAAGAGGAUCGUUAUCGGCUGCAUGGAUCGGAUGGCUUUGAGGUGGAAUUGCUCAGUUCCGAACCGGAAGAUUACGACGAAAGUGGCCAUCUGUUCCACAUGGAUAUUAUGAAAAGCAGCUUGAGCGACAUUUCUUAUUCGUCAACCCAACGGCUCAGCUCUGGACGACCGAAGGCUCGGAAUCAGAACAUUUCCUUCUCGAGGGAACGGGUUCGAGAAAUCGAGAGGCACAACCAAAUUUUGCUGCAGCGGAUCAUGAGCAGUAAGCCCACGCUGAGAACCAAACCUGUGGUUCAACCGGUUGUUGUGCCAACUACCAACAAUUCUCGUAUAACAAGUGCCGCCGUGAACCGGAAGAAAAAGCAACGCCAAAUCGAAAUUGACAACCAGAUCCUCCGCAAGAAGCUGGAGAAAAUUGAACGAUCUCGUAGGAACGUUUGGUAGUAGCCGGGAGACCGAAUCGUGUAGCCAAAACAUCAACAUCAACUAGUUGAAGCCGGGCACCUAGAAUAGUUUAUAUCUCGUACUACAUGAAGUCAGCAGUUUUUCAUAUAGUAAAUGCUUUUAAGACUAUCACAAACUAACUCCAUCACAAACAGCAUCGAUCGUUGCCACCACAUAGCGCCAAACAUGUGGGAUUGGAUUUUCUUUUUUUUUUUAAUCUGCAAUUACCUAGAGACUUUAUUCGAGCGAAUCAAAUUUACGGAACAAUCAAAAUUUUGCUAAUAAAUUAUUGUAUACUUCUAGAAAA